GUUUACACGUUGCUGGCUUGAGGGCAGGGGGUUGUGGGGCAGGGGCGGCGCAAGCAAGGCGCAAGGCAAGAAGCAUUUUAUUUCAGCAAAUUUAUCUUAUUUGAUUUCGUGACCACGGCCGGCCGGCUCAUACUAAGAAAUUUCCAUUAUUCAAGUAAGACUUCGCUCGCUCCGCAGCUACUAACAUUUGCGACUGUCAUGUCAAUGCGUUGACCAGGUCACGGCCCCAAGUCAGACAGCCUGGGAGAUGUCCCUGCGUCGGAUGAUCGCGGCCGUCCGGGGCCGGCGCAGCCUCUGGACGCUGCUGCGGCUGCUAGUCAUUGGAUGUGUCACCGCUGCUCUUCUUGUCGCCAUCCGGAGGGCCGCACAACAUAAGAGAUUGAAAGACAUUCUCCGGCUGCAAAAUUCGCCGUUUCAGGAGAAUGGCUACUGGGAGCGGUUCACACCGGAGGAGAUCCGGCAAAUGAAACGGAUCGACUGGCACGACCAGGAGCAAAUCAAACGAGACGCCGAGAGACAGGGUCCCGGUGAGCGGGGUCAGAGUUUUGCACUGCCACCUGAUUUAGAAGCGCAGAAGGAUAAACUGUACAAGGUGAACGGGUUCAACGCGCUUGCCAGCGACCAGAUCAGCCUGAACCGAUCUCUCUCAGACAUCCGGCACCCAAAGUGCGGUUCGCGCCUGUACAUCAGCGAGCUGCCCACGGUCAGUGUGAUCGUGCCCUUCCACAACGAGCACCUCUCCACGCUGCUGCGCACGGCGGCCAGUCUGAUCAACCGCGCGCCGCGACACCUGCUCAGGGAGGUGCUGCUCGUAGACGACGCCAGCACCAAGGAGCACGCCAAGGCGCCGUACCUGGACGACCUGGUGGAGCGAAUGUUCCACGGCGUGGUGCGUGUGAUCCACCUGCCGCGCCGCUCGGGUCUCAUCACGGCCCGGCUGGCCGGCGCGCGACGGGCCACCUCGGACGUGCUCAUCUUCAUCGACUCGCACUGCGAGGCGGCUGUCAACUACCUGCCGCCGCUACUCGAACCGAUCGCUUUCGACAAGCGCACGUGCGUGUGUCCGUUUAUCGACGUGAUCGACUACGAGAACUUCCAAUACCGUGCUCAGGACGAGGGCGCGCGCGGCGCCUUCGACUGGGAGUUCUUCUAUAAGCGACUGGACCUGCUGCCCAGCGACAAGGCCAACAUGCCCGAGCCGUUUGCGUCGCCGGUGAUGGCCGGGGGCCUGUUCGCCAUCUCCCGGGACUUUUUCUGGGAGCUGGGCGGAUACGACCCCGAACUGGAUAUCUGGGGCGGGGAGCAGUACGAACUAUCAUUCAAGAUCUGGAUGUGCGGAGGUCAGAUGGUCGACGCACCAUGCUCGAGGAUUGGGCACAUCUAUAGGAAAUUCGCUCCCUUCCCCAACCCUAGGAAAGACGACUUUGUUGCCAAGAAUUACCGUCGCGUGGCCGAGGUCUGGAUGGACGAGUACGCUCAGCACCUGUACCGGCGCCGGCCCCACUACAAAAAGGUAGACCCGGGCGACCUGGCACCGCAGCGGGCCAUCCGAGAGCGGCUCCACUGCAAGAGCUUCAAGUGGUUCAUGGAGACGGUGGCGUUCGAUCUAGUGAAGAAGUAUCCUCCCGUUGAGCCGGACGACUACGCCCACGGCGAGAUCCGCAGCGUGGCCGACCCCACGCUCUGCGUGGACACGCGCUUCAAGCCGCACUCGGAGCGUUUCGGCCUGGAGAAGUGUAUGAAGGACGAGCCCGGUCUGGGCGGCGAGCAGACGUUCCACCUGUCGUGGAGGAAGGACAUCAGGGCCGGCCAGCGCGCCAUGUGCUGGGACGUGCCCGGUGGCGAUCAGCAGGCGCCCGUGUUUGUCUGGGACUGCCACGGACAGAUGGGCAACCAGUACUGGCUCUACGACACGAAGCACCAGUGGAUAGUGCACGCGGGCAGCCGCCGGUGUCUGGACGGCAGCGUGGCCCAGCGUGAGGUCUACGUUAGUCACUGCGACACCAAGUCAGUCACUCAGCGCUGGGCGUGGGAGCACUUCAACGCCACUGAGCUGGCCAAACUGCGCUACUAGCGCGGCCAGAGGCGUGAACUAGGGACGGGCUGGGUAGGGAAUGGAAUAAGGAUGGGAUGGGUAUUAUCAUAGGUGGGACCAUUGCCAGGGUUCGACUUCCAACUCAGUUUAAGGUGAUAAAACUGCCUGCAAGAUGCUGGCCCGCAGCUUUGCUGCAGGUUUUCGGGCCCAUCCGGUCCAAGGUACACAAUCAGAGGAACAUAAGCUACAAAUGAGACAUUUCCGGGGCAUUACGUGCCUGCCACGCACGCGCACAUCAUGUACGCGGCGGUGAUUGGUAGGGUAGGAUAUACCACACUGUUCUAGUGGCUGACUGAUAUGGCGUUAGUCCCGUCUUUCCACGCCAUCGUAAUUGGUGGGCUUGAUACGGCAUAUGCAGCGUCAUACAUCCAGGCCAAUAGCCGCACUUAAAAUCCGUUGCGGUCAGUAUCAUGGGCUCAGAACAGAGCCAGAGACACUGGAUGAUUGAUUAACUCGAAACCGAACCGAACAUUCCGAUAAACGGUUUUAUCAUUACCCGAACGCCAGUGAGCUCAGUGCCUUAGUCGUUAUUGCAUAGUGGGUGUGUUUGUAUUAUUUUAUGAUCGUUUUCUUUUGGAAAACCUACUUUGAGAUGUAAUUGUUGUUUAUUUGUACCUUUGCUUAACGGGUUUCUAUCUUCUUUUGCUUAUGGUUAUUGUUUCUUGUUCGACCAUUGGACGGCUGUCGCUUGCUUCAUUCUUUUGUUUCACAUUGUAAAUGACAGUUCAAAUGUUCGUGUCUUGUGGUUCGACUCUCGAGACUGAUAGUUGAGACGUUAGUUGAAUGCGGUUCUCCGAAAUCGAUGGGUGCUGAUGUCCGUCCAGAGGCGAAUUGUUUGUGGCCUUAACUCCCUGCAAAAUGUGACACCGACGGCUCCUUAGUCACCGUACUCCUCAUGAUAUGGACGUUCGGGGAGAACUGUGUCGUUAGUCGGCAGUGUGAUUCAGAGGAAUGCAAGUUGCAGAGUGGAACCAACUACCUUGCUGGGUUGUUCGCUGCUUUCAGGGGCUUGUCUCGUCUCAAGUUGGUACAUGUGCGCUGUGAGAUUCGGCAUUAUGGAGUGAUUAUGAGUCUUGGUAUAUUGUCUUGCUUUUGUUAAGGAUUGGUAAGGAAUCCGUUAUUUUGGAGCUGUUGUUUCUGUUAAUGUUACACAUUUGAAAUUUUAUAUAUGCUUACUUUAUGUAAUCGAUUAAAUAUGUUCAAUUUAUGUUAAAUCGCGACUGCAUGCGGUUUUCGACCUGCAAAUCGAUGUUGCUGAUCAGUUAGCCGCUCAAUCGCUUGAGCGAGCAUGCAUUCAUGAUUACGCAACUCUGAUUCGCUUUCCGACCUUUCGACUCGUUUACUGUAGUUGUAAACGCUGCGUGAAAUUGCUGUAUUCCGUGUGGAUGUGGUAGCGGUACGGUUCCAGCGAUACCAGCUUAUGGGGAGCAGCUUUAGGGCGUACUCAGAACAGCUAGGGCACAAACGGGAACGCAUAGAGGAACUUGUCGGUUGUGUCGCACGCUGCUGUGUGGGAACCAAUGAGUGUUUUCAUGCCGUCCUGCUUUCUUGGCGGUGUACGGAGUGAUGACUGAUGAGCUCCGGUGAUAUUGUUCCAUUGAGAUGUGGUUUGCUCAAAUCGAUGUGUGUGAUGCUGGCAGCGUGGACCGUGUGUGGAAAAUUGAGAUCAAUAUAGGUCCGUGUUGUUA